AUGAUACCCCAGACCUCAUUGCAUUCCUGGCUCCCAAAAAUUUCCAUUCUCAUCCUCUCCAGUGUCCUUAUCCUGCACUUCUCCCGCGUACCCUUGCAUCUCAAAUUCCAUUUUGAAAAGCGCUCUAACCCUGUUCUCCUCGUCAACCCCGCCAUCAUUUCCACCUUUUACCCCCACGCCCCUACCAACGCUUCCUCGCCAGUUCUCACCCCUUCUUCUGACGCCUGCAAUGACUUUAACUACUCUCUCCACUCCUUACUAUCCUCUGCCACACUCGCGCAAUCUCGCAUCUCCUACGCCACUCUCCGUCCCUCCAAUCCCUCCCCCGGCCUCACCGUAGCCUACGAUCGCGACUCUUCCUAUUCCAAACGUUUCUUCCUCUCCACCGAGCCUGACCACCCCCUCCACCUCCACGCUCUCGCCCGCCUCCCGUUCUGUCACCAGCAAAAGCUUCGGCCUGUCGCUCUCCGCGUCCUUCAAAACGUCUACUACGGCAAAUUCGGCACUGUCUACGACCCGAAUUUAAACGUCGCCCACGAGCUCGGGGGUGGCUGCUGUGAGGAUGAUUGGGAAUGGAAGCUGCCUGAAAAGACCUUCCGCAUCGACGGCAACGCGAUAGUUUCUUUCAAUACAAAUCGAAACGACAUCGUGCUUGUGCUCGCCCAGCAUCACGGAGAAACCUAUCACCAUGCGCUCUUUGAUGCCCUUCCGCGCUACCUCGCCGUCCAUGCUAUGUUAAAGCAGUUCCCGCAUAUCAGGGUCGCCAUUGACGACUCCAACCUUGUAGAAGAUCUGCUCGUACUGUUCGGCCUAGAUCCGCAGCGAAUUGUGCGCACCGGGAAGCGUUUUUCGUUCAGGUUUGCAAAACUUCUAUUGUAUCCACCCCCGAUGUUUCAGGAUACAGUAGGUAAACGGAAGUACUACAAUCCAGACUGUAUCGAGCGCGCUGUAGCACUCAUGCUGAAGAGCGCGGUUCUGAAUUAUGGGCAAGAAAGGCAGAACCAGACGAUGACGCUAUUGAAGAAGUUUCCGUUUCCGUCGAAGUCAGUGUAUGAGGAUGUUGGGACAGCGCAAGUGCUCGAGCGAGUGUUGCCGCAACUCUGUAAGAGAGAGGGGAAGCCGAUAAUUGUGUUGCUGGAGCGCGCGCUGGGGCGGGGGCCGUUCGGAUGUCGCGGGAACCGCUGCAUUUCCAACUUCAAGGAGCUGAAGGAGGGGAUUGAGCAACGGUUUGGGAAGGCGUAUGAUCUGGUCGUGUAUCCCCCGAAGGCGAAGACGGUCGAGGCGGUCGGCAUUUUUGAUAAGGCUAGUAUUGUUGUUGGAAUGCAUGGGGGAGGGUUUCAGAACUUGAUGUUCUGUAGGCCGGACACGGAUGUGGUGCACAUCGGAUGGGGGCUGCACUACAAGAAGACAGCAAUUAACUUCGGGCUUAGAUAUCACCUGUUUAUGGUUGAGGGGCUCCAUUUGGGGGCGCAGAACAAUCACGUAGAUGUAGAUGGAAUUUUGAAGAUGCUCUAUGAGAUUGUGAACAGAAGAAAGGACGACUGCUUGGAGCGUAUGUCUCAGAGUGAGAGAUGAGAUGUGCUUUUCGUUGAUUGACUUGAACGUUCUUGUCGAGAGUGGUCGAGUUUCAGGGGAGGUACAGACCUGAAGAUGCAGGGUGUGCUGGUCAUGCACUCUUUCAAACACCACGCACAACGUUUUUUCUCUUCUGCGUCACUCGCAGGAGCAGAAAGCCUACAUUCCUUUACGGUUUAUGGGUAUCUCAACUGGUUAAUAACAAAUUCAUUUUGUAUAUAUGACCCUGUAUCAAAACGGGUGCUUCAUGGAGCGGCAAGGAACUGUUGUUUGUUGUUUGUCGACAUGAUCGACUGAAAGACAAGUCUUUCUUCCAUACGGAGUUUCGUUAAGAUGCGGAUUUCGCCUUUCUCUGAAAUAAAAUUCAUAUUCUGAUCGUA